AAACCUUCUGCGCAGGCCUCAGGCUGCCUGCCCGCCCGGCCCAAGCUCCAGCCUGCCUCUGCCCUGGCCACUGCCUGCCGCCCGGGCUGGCAUCCCCGCUGCCUGCCCUGGGUCCCAGCCCGUGUCCUCCAUCGCCACAGGGCUGGUGAGGGGCCGGACACCAGGGCCCGCCCUCCCAUCACUGAGCCCCGCUCCUUCCUCAUUUUGCUGCUGAUCCUCGCCCCAAACAAACAGGUUGAGCCUUUUCCUCCCGUUGGCAGCUGGUCUCAGGCUUGCGGCUGCCUUCUGAGCUCCGAGUGCUGCAGACGCCGCCGGCUGGGAGGGGGACUGGGACGCUGCUCCUGGCGCCUGGCCCUGGGGCAGGCCUGUGGCAGGAGAGUGAGCUGUGUGCGGCGGCAGACGCCUGAGGAUGAUGCCCCAGCUGCUGUUCAGAGAUGCCUUUUGGUGCAGGGACUUCACGGCCCACACGGGCUACGAGGUGCUGGUGCAGCGGCUGCUGGACGGCAGGAAGAUGUGCAAGGACGUGGAGGAGCUGCUGCGGCAGAGGGCCCAGGCGGAGGAGCGGUACGGGAAGGAGCUGGUGCAGAUUGCACGGAAGGCGGGCGGCCACACGGAGAUCAACUCCCUAAGGGCGUCCUUUGACUCCUUGAAGCAACAAAUGGAGAACGUGGGCAGCUCACACAUCCAGCUGGCCCUGACCCUGCGGGAGGAGCUGCGCAGCCUUGAGGAGUUCCGUGAGAGGCAGAAGGAGCAGAGGAAGAAGUACGAGACCGUCAUGGACCGUGUCCACAAGAGCAAGCUGUCACUCUACAAGAAGGCCAUGGAGUCCAAGAAGACUUACGAGCAGAAGUGCCGGGACGCAGACGACGCCGAGCAGGCCUUCGAGCGCGUGAGUGCCGGUGGCAACCAGAAGCAGAUGGAGAAGAGCCAGAACAAAGCCAAGCAGUGCAAGGAUGCGGCCACGGAGGCAGAGCGGGUGUACAGGCAAAACAUCGAGCAGCUGGAGAAGGUGCGGGGCGAGUGGGAGCAGGAGCACAGGACCACCUGUGAGGCCUUCCAGCUGCAGGAGUUUGACCGGCUGACGAUUCUCCGCAACGCCCUGUGGGUGCACUGCAACCAGCUCUCCAUGCAGUGCGUCAAGGAUGACGAGCUCUAUGAGGAAGUGCGGGUGACGCUGGAAGGCUGCCAGGUGGACGCCGACAUCGACAGCUUCAUCCAGGCCAAGAGCACGGGCACCGAGCCCCCGGCUCCAGUGCCCUACCAGAACUACUACGACCGGGAGAUCACCCCGUCAUCCGGCAGCCCUGGCGUGCCAUCGUCCUGCGGCAUGAUGAAGAGGUUCUCCGGGCUGCUGCACGGAAGUCCCAAGACCUCGCUGGCAGCUCCUGCUGCCUCCACAGAGACCCUGGCCCCCAGCCUCGAGCGGAGUGAGGGCGUCUACGCAGCCGUGGCCGUGCGGGAGACCCAGGGAAACGCGGUUGGGCCAGCCCAGGACUACCGCGCGCUCUACGACUACACGGCGCAGAAUCCCGACGAGCUGGACAUCUCUGCCGGGGACGUCCUGCAGGUCAUCCUGGAAGGGGAGGAUGGCUGGUGGACAGUGGAGCGGAAUGGGCAGCGUGGCUUUGUCCCUGGCUCCUACCUGGAGAAGCUCUGAGGAAGGGGCAGCAGCCACCCCCACCUGCCCUGCCCGUGGAGUCGGCAGUGUCCCCACCCACCCUGGUCUUGCCGGGGCCCAGAACCGAGCCUCCCCCACCCCAGGAUGGGACAGGCGCUGGCUGCGCCCCGAGGAGUCGCUCCCAUUAGGAAUAAAGGGUGCGUUCUUUUUCUCCUUGC